UUUUGAUCAGCUCUCUAGCAGUUCCAACGUAGUGAAUUUCGGUCCCCCGCCUCACCCCACGCGCGUCCGCACCGGGUGCCGAAUGUGGGCGGCGGAGCCCUCGGUGGCCGUCCCGGGGACCCCCGCGCCGCCCCUCCGGUGCGGGGGUCGGCGGCUGUGAGGGCCAGCGCCGCGGGCAGAGGUGGGGUCUGCGCGCCGCGGGGGCGAGGGGCCGGCGAGGCCUGGGGGCAGCGAUCAGAAGCAGGCUAAAGAGCGGAAACCCAAGCCGGGACCGGCGGGCUGCGCUGCAUUCAGGCAUUAGAAGGGCGGGGACGGCCGAUCUUUCCCGCUGACUUUAUCGUCCCUCGUUCGGUCCUUGAGAGACCGCCUCCCCCGCUGCCCUGCAGGGCCCGGGGCUGCGGACGUGCGCCAACCCGGCCUCGGGGAAGGAGCCUGCGCCCGGCGCGCAUCGCUGCCUCCCCGGCUCGGAGCCCCGCGCUCACGCGUCCUAGUCCCGCUCGACCCCCUCCCAGGGGCUCGGCAAGGAUUUCCAGCCAGUUCAGCAACGCUUUACAAGGUAUCGGGGCCUUCUCUUUCUUUCUUUUUCUUUUUUCAUUUUCUGUGUUUUCAUUGAACAGUAACCUGUCGUUUCUGCUCAGAGGGUCUCGGUGCUGUGUCUAACCUGGGAAUUUCACAAGGCACUUCUCAGAAUCUAAACGCAGCCCCCCCCCCCCCCCCCCCCCACCUCGCCCCAUGGAUGAUGGAGAUUGCGGAGCCUUCUGAAAUAGCCCUUUCCAUCUUAUGUAAUUAGAGACCCACAGAAGCGCUGGAUUUUCCACGGUACAUAAUCUAUAUUUAUUCUCCCCCCCCCCACCCUCGUGCGCGCGUGUGCGCGCGCGUGUGCGUGCGCUCCCGUUCAUUUCUAGCAUCAGGAAACUCGUUCGCGGCCACUGAAAAGUCAGGAGCGGCUCACAACUGAUUUCCCACGGAUUUCUGCCUCCAACGGCAGAUGCUGUCCGGAAGCGGUGUCCCCAGACAAACAUGAGACCGUUAUCUUGGAAAGCCGGUUAGCCCUGCAGCGUAAGAAGCGCCGGGGGAGGCGAGCCUGAAAGAACAGCUAACCGAUCGCGUUCGCCGGUGGGGAAAAGUGCAGCGCCGGGCCGGGCCUGGGGUUCGGGCCCGCACUUCAGCACCAGAGGGGAUGGACAGCGUCUUUGGACCGGGCCACCGCCGGGACCCUACUGCGCCGCCACGGUCCUCGCUGCCGCCGUCGUCGCCAAGGGCUGCCCGGCUCCCAGCUCGGAGCAGCUAAGGGGCUUCGUCUCCGAUGCCCUGGCACCCCCCUGGCCGGCCGUGACAGACCGAAAAGGACCUUCUUCUGCCUGCUGCGACCUCCGCGCAGGGCUCAGAGAAGCUCACCUGAUCCACAGAUUAAACUCGGCAGCAACUUCCAGGAAAAUUGUCGACAGGGGCCAGAGGAGCACCGGCAGCCCAGAGAGGCCGAAGUUGUCCGGCCUCUGAGAACCAUGGGCUCUGCAGACUGGGUCCGAGCGCUCUGAGGAGGCCCGCGCUGCUCCAAAUAAACAGGAUGCUCCCGAGCGGGCUGCACCUGUUUUGGAAAUAGCUUUGCGAGAGGAGCUUCUAGAACUACUCACAACCUGGCGUUAGAGAAACUGGAAGAUUCUAAUUCCUUUACUUGGCCGACCACUCUCCAGAAUGUUGAGAUUGCCAGAGAAGUGACCUCCGAGAAAGGAAAACAUUGCUCUAGCUAAAUUCAGACGACAUCCUGUGGGUGCCGUAGCACAUGGAUUUCCGGACUGCCUGUGAGGAGACAAAGACGGGGAUCUGUUUGCUGCAGGAUGGUAACCAGGAGCCCUUCAAAGUGCGGCUGCACCUGGCUAGGGAUAUCCUGAUGAUCCAGGAGCAGGACGUGACAUGUGUCUCUGGAGAGCCUUUCUAUUCCGGUGAGAGAACAGUGACCAUUCGGAGACAGGCUGUGGGAGGAUUUGGACUGAGCAUCAAGGGGGGAGCGGAACAUAACAUUCCAGUUGUGGUUUCAAAAAUCUCGAAGGAACAGAGAGCUGAACUGUCAGGACUGCUGUUUAUUGGGGACGCAAUUCUCCAGAUAAAUGGGAUUAAUGUAAGAAAAUGCAGACAUGAAGAAGUGGUUCAAGUUCUUCGGAAUGCUGGAGAAGAGGUGACCCUGACAGUCUCAUUCUUGAAACGAGCACCUGCUUUCCUCAAACUGUCACUGAACGAAGACUGUGCAUGUGCACCGAGCGACCAGAGCAGCGGCACCUCCUCCCCGCUCUGUGACAGCGGCCUGCACCUCAACUACCAUCCCAACAACACAGACACACUGUCCUGCUCAUCGUGGCCCGCGUCCCCGGGGCUGCGGUGGGAGAAGCGGUGGUGCGACCUGAGGCUCAUCCCGCUGCUGCACUCACGGUUCUCCCAGUACCUUCCCGGGACCGACCUGAGCCGGCAGAACGCCUUCCAAGUCACCGCCGUGGACGGGGUCUGCAGCGGGGUCAUCCAGUGUCUCUCCGCAGAGGACUGCGGGGAGUGGCUGCAAGCAAUAGCCACCAACAUUUCCAGCCUCACAAAGCACAACAUUAAAAAAAUCAACAGAAACUUUCCUGUAAACCAGCAGAUUGUCUACAUGGGCUGGUGUGAAAUGCGGGAGCAAGACCCACUUCAGGACCGUGUGUACUCACCCGCCUUUCUGGCCCUGAGGGGCUCCUGCCUUUACAAGUUUCUGGCACCUCCAGUGACCACGUGGGACUGGACCCGAGCAGAGAAAACUUUUUCAGUUUACGAGAUCAUGUGUAAGAUCCUGAAGGACAGUGACCUGCUGGACCGGCGGAGGCACUGCUUCACCGUGCAGUCCGAGUCUGGGGAGGACCUGUACUUCUCAGUGGAGCUCGACUCUGACCUCGCCCAGUGGGAACGAGCCUUCCAAACAGCAACCUUUCUCGAGGUGGAGCGGAUACAGUGCAAGACAUAUGCAUGUGUGCUGGAGGGUCACCUGAUGGGGCUCACGAUUGACUUCAGCACCGGCUUCAUCUGCUUCGACGCUGCGACCAAGGCGGUACUUUGGAGGUAUAAGUUUUCUCAGCUGAAAGGUUCCUCUGAUGACGGCAAGAGCAAAAUCAAAUUUUUGUUUCAGAAUCCAGAUACUAAACAGAUUGAAGCAAAGGAGCUGGAGUUUUCGAAUCUCUUUGCUGUUCUCCACUGCAUUCAUUCCUUCUUCGCUGCCAAAGUGGCUUGUUUGGACCCUCUGUUUCUAGGCAGUCAGGCUGCUGCCUCUGCGGCUUCCAGCUCCGGAGUACCGAGCAAAGCCAAGUACAUGACCUGACAGCCUAAGUUCAGCCUCCCUCUCAUCUUGACUUGUAAACAGAACAACCUUACUCAUCGCCGCAGACAAUGGAGAAGCCAUCACAUCCCCAAGUUAGCAGUGAAGCCAAGUGGAAAUCUGACCGGAGAAGAUCAGACGGAUCCCCAAAGCAUUGCUGUUCGAAGGCCUCGAGGGAUCGUCCUAAAUGAGCGGACGACUUGCUCUUCCUCGUUGGGUCAGGACCGCUGUGUUGUUUUCAUUGAAAGGGAAGACGAACCGAUGAAUGACUCGAGUGUGUAAAUAAUAUAAAAAUUGUAAGCUACCUAUAAAUAAAACACCCAUUAAACAGUCA